AUGUCCGACGCUGGCCAAGGAGGGUCGCCAAACGGUGCGGCUGGUGAUGCGCCGCCUGCUGGAGUCACCAGCAACGAGCAUCUCAACAUCAAGGUCACGGAUGGGAACAACGAAGUUUUCUUCAAGAUCAAGCGAAGCACAAAGUUGGAGAAGCUGAUGCGAGCAUUCUGCGAGAGACAAGGCAAAGAUCCCAAGGCAGCGCGGUUUCUAUUCGACGGUCAAAAGGUGCAAGCUGGUGAUACCCCCGAACAACUUGAAAUGCAAGAUGGCGAUUCGAUCGAAGUUCAUCAAGAGCAGAUUGGCGGUCGAGCAUAG